GAAUCCGUCUGUUUUUAUUCCCAGGAUCUGUACCGUUGGUUGUGUGUUAACCACUGCACUUUGUUAUCACCGCUCCUUAAUACCAUUUUAUAAGGAGAAUAGUUGUAUGUGUUUGGAUUGAAGAAAACAGAAAAACGCACCUUCAUGUAAUUGUUGCAUUGGUAAUGGUAGGACAUUCUAAAUGUUUCGAUAAUAGUGCAUGCUCAGAAACCUCUGACACGUAUGGUUAAAAUGUUAGUCUGUUGCUAUUAUUUGUUCAAUGAAGUUAGCUGCAAGAAAAGGAUAACUGCAUCAAUGAAACUUUAAUGUUAGUUAUGAGCACACAAACAGCGUGACUUUAUCGGCGAGACUUAGGAACCACGUCUGUAUUAAACAGACAAAGUUAAUUGAUUUUUCCUUUUGCAUGGUGACCUACUUGUAUGCCAGUCUCUGCAAUGUGUUUUCUGUUGUUUCCAACCUUGCAGAUGGCGGGUAGGGGCAGGCUGGUGCCCUGUGCGUGUCUGGGGCUGUUUGGUGUCCUGUGCUGGGUCUGGGUCUCCUUUGCCUCCUUUCCAGAUGAUCAACCUCCCCUGGAGGCCUUGGAUGCAGUGGACCGAGGAGCCUUUCUGCCACAGAGUGCUCUGUCAGAGAUGGAGUUUGCCUCCAUCAGUUCUUACAGAGGACCUGGCAACGCUGACCGCCGCAGCAACAAGGAGCUGCCCAUUCUCCUCUGGUGGAGUGCAGGACUGUUCCCACAUUUCCCUGGCGACACAGAACGCAUCGACUGUGCCACAUCCUCCUGCCUGGUCACAAGCAACCGCAAGGUGCAGCUGUACAAACGGACAGCAUCCAUCAUCUUUUAUGGGACAGACUUUCGGGCAUAUGAGGCGCCGCUACCUCGUCUGCGCCACCAGACCUGGUCACUGUUCCAUGAAGAGUCACCCAUGAAUAACUACAUCCUGUCCCAUGGACCAGGGAUCAGGCUGUUCAACUACACUGCAACAUUUCGCAGAGAGUCGGACUACCCUCUGACCCUGCAGUGGCUGCCUUCUCUGGAUUACUUGCUGAAGCCUGUGGUCGUGUCCCUAGAGGUGAAGAACCAGCUGAGGAGGGAGGGCCUGGCUCCUGUGCUCUACAUGCAGUCUCACUGCGAUGUGCCGUCAGACAGGAACAGAUAUGUCCAGGAGCUCAUGAAGUAUAUUCAGGUGGACUCUUACGGGAAAUGCUUGAACAACAAACCUCUGCCUGAACAUCUGGAGGACACUGCCACAGCUACUGGCGAAGAGGCCAGCUUUAUGAAUUUUGUUGCACGCUACAAGUUUCACUUGGCACUGGAGAAUGGCCUGUGUCCAGACUACAUGACAGAGAAGCUGUGGCGGCCUCUCCAUCAGGGCUGCGUGCCAGUCUAUCGAGGCUCUUCUGUGGUGGCCGACUGGAUGCCCAACGACCACUCUGUAAUCAUCAUCGAUAACUUCCCCUCACCAAAAGCUCUGGGGGAAUUCCUCAAACAUCUUGAUGAGAAUGAUGAUGAAUAUGCAAAAUAUUUAGAGUUCAAGAACCCCCGCCGCAUCACAAACACUCAAUUGUUAAAGUCUCUGGAGACCCGCGAGUGGGGGGUUAAUGACAUGAGUAAACCCAAUUACCUGAAUGGAUUUGAAUGUUACGUGUGUGACCAGGAGAACGCACGACUAGCAGCAGAACGAGCAUACAGGAAAGCCCCUAAGAAGAAUCAACCUCCUCAGCCUAAAAUGGCCAGCAACUCUCACAUGGGGUGCCCCCUGCCCAGCCCCGGGUACGGAGAUGUCCAGGACCUACCUGCAGAUGAUGGAUGGUUGCAAAUAUGGCCUCAGGAUUACUGGCAGAGCCUGGACCAAGCAGAGGGGCUGGAGUCUCUGAUAAGACAUAACGAGUCAGACCCUUCGCUGCUGUGGAAGCACAUCCAAAACAUUGCUGUGAGCAGAGCCAGAGGAAAACACUGACACAGGCCUUGAAACAAACAGAGGAUGGAGCACGUCCAGGAUUACAGAGGUGUCCCACAUUAUGCAGCCCCUCUGUUUAAAUGAGGGAAUGAAGCAGAAAUUACUAAUAUUUUUGCACCUGAGCCAAACCUCCUUACCCUUAUGAGCAAUUCAGUUCUGCUAUAACAGAUUUUGAUAUUGUAUUCAGCUGACAUGAUACAUUUGUCCUUUAUCCCAAGUUCAGUAAUGGGAAAAUAAUGUUUUAGAGAGGUAUAUGCUAAUAUGUUCAAGUUGUUUUAUUACUGUAACUGAGGUGCCAUCAUUGUCCUUACUCCGCCUUGCAUUGUUAACGUUAACUGCAUGCGGUGCAGUUGUUCCAUGGCGGCACGUUCUCAUGGGAGGCAGGUUUUCAUUGGACUGGGGCAGAGCCAAGGGAGCUCUGCCUAACUGCGUGUGAAGACCAUCAAGACUGCAGCCAAUGUAGCACAUUAGCUUCUUUACGGAUACUCAGCAGGUAGCUGAUGGUUAUUAGCUAAAGUCACAUUUAUGUACACAGCUAUUUUAAGUGUCUAUGCAAGAAAAGUAUGAUUUCACCAAGGAGUGGCGAAAGGCAAAUGUAAAGUGAAGCACAACUCCCUUGUGGGAAAUCACCACUGCAUUUGCAAAGUCGUCCUCAGGAGCAGCUCAUCUAAUUAACUUCUGCUGCGGAUGUUUUAUAAUGUUGUACUGUUUUCUGUUACAUGAUGCUAGGACCAUGCAUAUGUGCAAUAAUUCUUUAGUCAUGCUUUUCUAAAACAAUUAACUGCUUAUUUCCAGAGUCCAUGACAGCCUUGUGUGUGUGUGCUUGCA